AUGCAACGCACACGAUUCGCAAGCCUCUUGUCCAGGACCGCCGGCCGCCAAGGAAUGAUUCAUCAGCAGGGAUGGAUGACACCCAUGACUCGGCCCAUCGUGCUCCAACAACGCUCUUUGGCUUCCUUGACCAACGAUCAGCGUCCUCCUGCGGUCAGAGUGACCAAGCACCCCGAGUCGCCUGAGGUUGCUAUUAUGACCUUGAGCCAGAGCGCUUUCAGCCACGAUACCGCCAGGCUUAUGAUCGAGGAAUGGAAGGCAAUGGAGCAGGACCAGUCAGUUCGUGCAGUGAUGUUGAAGAGCGAUCUCAAGUCGAUCUUUUGUGCCGGUAUCGAAUUCGGCGAGUUCAUGAAGGGACCCGAGAGUUUCGGCAAUUACUGGAAAACCAUCCGCGAGGUUUUUGACGUGAUCUACUCAUCGCGUCUUAACACAGCCGCCGCAAUGCACGGCCACAGUCUGGGACUCGGCUGUGUUCUGGGAAUGGCCUGUCAGGAUCGCUUCAUGGUCGGCAACACCCCCAAACCCGCUACCAUCGGCUUGAAUGAAGUCGCUGUUGGUGUCCCCGUUCCCCAUUGGUUGGUUGAACUCUUUGCCCACAUCACAUCGCGUCGUCACGCAGAGAGGUUAUUGCCCCUGGGUCGCAUCCUCUCUGUCCAGGAGGCUGUCCAGACGGGUCUGGUCGACAAGGCGGAUUUCUCGAGCCAGCAGGAGAUGGAGGAGUUUGUGGUCCGGUACCUGGUUGGUCGUAACAAGGCGCCUCGGAUUGCUCAGUCUGAGACUAUGCGUGUGAUUCGGUUGAACUUUUUGAACUUCUUUAGGGCGUCUGAGGAGGAGGAUGUGGCGACUAUUGUGAAGUAUAUUCAGGAGGAGGAGGCCCAGUCGGUUCUGAAGGCGCAGAUCGCUAGACUUGCCGAGAAGUCUAAGCGGUAA